AUAUCUAUAUUAAGCUCACAUACACAUACACUCAUAAUGGUACAAGGUGAGACUCAAAUUAAUCGGCACUGUGUCACCAUCAGGCAUGGCUUCGAUAAUCAAUGCUAUGUGUCAUUGCGGACACCACCUUUUUAUGCUUUCCACGAGUAUAUACAUUAAAAAUAUAUAAUAUGAAAAAGGAUCUUGAUUCACCAAUAAUAUGAUUUUUUUUUUACAGUAAACAUAUUAAAAUACCUUUUAUAAAAUUAAUAUUUACUCAUAUUUUUUAUUGUAUAUAAAAAAUUAUAAUUUCUCUUGUCUAUUGAAUCUUAACUAAAGCCAUUGCCGAUAAAAUAAAGAAUUAUGAAUCAUCAAGUUUAUUUAUUGGAUAAUAGAAAAGCGGUUUUCUGUGCGAGUAAAGCCUUUUUAUUUUUAUUUUUAAAAAAGAGAGAAUGAUAUGAUAGUAGUAUAAUUGAGCCGCAGCGGUGGAGUGGGGAAGGGUCAGAGUUUGAAAGAGGAGUUCUAAUGAGUAACGAAUACGAUUACCUGUUCAAGCUUCUCCUAAUCGGGGAUUCUUCCGUUGGAAAAUCUUGCUUGCUUCUCAGAUUCGCUGAUGACUCCUAUGUCGACAGCUACAUAAGUACCAUUGGAGUUGAUUUCAAAAUCAGAACCGUCGAGCUCCAAGGCAAAACCGUCAAGCUGCAGAUUUGGGAUACAGCUGGACAGGAGCGAUUCAGGACCAUAACAAGCAGUUAUUAUAGAGGAGCACAUGGGAUAAUUAUUGUCUAUGAUGUUACUGAGAUGGAAAGCUUUAACAAUGUGAAGCAGUGGUUAAAUGAGAUUGACAGAUAUGCAAAUGACAGUGUAUGUAAGCUUCUUGUGGGGAACAAAUGCGAUCUAGUUGAUAACAAGGUUGUAGACACACAAACUGCCAAGGCAUUUGCUGAUGAGCUUGGUAUCCCUUUCCUUGAGACAAGUGCUAAAGACUCGAUCAAUGUGGAGCAGGCUUUCUUAACUAUGGCAGCAGAGAUUAAGAAGAAGAUGGGAAGCCAACCUACUGUUGGUAAGUCGGCAGAAACUGUUCAGAUGAAGGGACAACCGAUCCCGCAGAAGAGCAACUGCUGUGGUUAGGUUAUACUUGCUGUUGUAACUGAUAUCAAAAUAGGGAGACUCUUUCCUGACUUUGUUAUGAUAUGGAUGUUUCAGUAACUUUUAAAUAUCACCUAUCAUGUAUUUAAAUCCUUGGAUAAUAUUCUUCUGGAUCUCCUGAUGACUUCCCUUGUUUAGAAUGAAAGGGAGGCUAUUUCUCACAUGCAUCUUAUAUUAGCUCGA